AUGUCUACGCCUCAGGAUUCCGUCGAUAAUAAUAUCGAAAUGUGGAAGGUCAAGAAGCUGAUCAAGGGUCUUGAGGCAGCUCGUGGAAAUGGAACAUCCAUGAUCUCGCUCAUUAUUCCUCCUGGUGAUCAGAUUUCUCGUGUUUCCAAGAUGUUGGCUGACGAGUAUGGAACUGCCUCCAACAUCAAGAGCAGAGUUAACAGAUUGUCUGUGUUGAGUGCCAUCACAUCAACCCAAGCACGUCUCAAGCUCUACACCAAAGUACCGCCUACUGGACUGGUCAUUUACUGCGGCACUGUCGUCACUGAGGAAGGCAAGGAAAAGAAGGUCAAUAUUGACUUCCCUCCUCAUAAGCCUAUUAAUACCUCUUUGUACAUGUGUGACAACAAGUUCCACACGGAGGCUCUUUCUGAGUUACUCGAGUCUGACUCCAAGUUCGGAUUCGUCAUCAUGGAUGGUAACGGAACCUUGUUUGGCACUGUCUCUGGAAACACUCGGGAAGUCAUCCACAAGUUUACUGUCGAUCUGCCAAAGAAGCAUGGUCGUGGAGGUCAGUCCGCUCUUCGUUUCUCACGUCUGCGUGAUGAAAAGCGCCACAAUUAUGUUCGCAAGGUCGCCGAGAUGACCGUCCAGCACUUUAUCACCAAUGACAAGGUCAACGUCACUGGUUUGGUCUUGGCUGGUUCUGCUGAUUUCAAGACCGAAUUGUCUCAAUCUGAUCUUUUUGAUCCUCGUCUGCAAGCCAAGGUUGUUAAGAUUGUUGACGUCUCAUACGGUGGUGAGAAUGGCUUCAAUCAAGCCAUCGAGCUUGCUGCCGAGGCGCUUUCCAAUGUUAAGUUCAUUCAGGAAAAGCGCUUGAUUUCUAAGUAUUUUGAUGCCAUUUCACAAGAUACUGGAAAGUACUGCUUCGGAGUUGAAGACACAUUGAAGGCUUUGGAUAUGGGUGCUGUUGAGACCUUGAUUGUCUGGGAGAAUCUUGAUAUCGCUCGUGUUACACUUCGAAAUUCUGCUGGUGAAACUGACAUCAAGCACUUCACUAAGGAGCAAGAAAAGGAGCGCACCAAUUUUAUUGAUCCUCUAGACGGUUCCGAGAUGGAGGUUGUUGAGAAGGUUUCCUUGCUUGAAUGGCUUGCAGAGAAAUACAAGGAUUUUGGUGCUACACUUGAGUUUGUCACUAAUCGUUCUCAGGAAGGUUCUCAAUUCGUAAAAGGCUUUGGAGGUAUUGGGGGCAUCCUCCGCUAUAAGCUUGAUUUUGAGGCUCUCACUCAUGACUCUGACGAGUUCUUCUCGGAUUGA